UUAAUUGUCAAUGUCAAACUAAUUAUCUGUAAUCAGACUAUUGAAACAAAACAAAUAAAACCUUUAUACCUUUGUUACGAAAAUGCAUCAUAAACUUCCCACAAAUACAACAUUGUACGGUAAAUCUUUUCCAUCAUUUGAAGAACCAAAAAUUAUAGGGUAUAUUGGUUACGAAAAUCUUAUGUUUGCUAAAAGUGUAGAAAACAAACAAGUCAAUUUAGAUUUAAAUUAUUUGAGGGAAAAAACUGUGCUCAAGCCUCAAAACUUAGAUGUUAAAUUAGAUGAGCUUUUAAAGUUUUUAUUACAGAAUGAAAUACGGUUGAAUCUAUGCAAAAAUUAUGUGAUAGAUAAUGCGAAGUUUAUGUGCUAUAGGGGAUUAAUGACUUGUAUUGCAUGUACUCCAUAUGAAAAAAAAGAAGGAUGGAGACUGGUUGCAAUUCUUUUUAAAGGCAACAUUUAUUUAUGUAAAAGAGAUACAGAAGAAAAGCGAAUACAGAAACAGAAUUUUACAAAAGAGGAUCAAAAAUUUACUUCGUGGGGAUAUAAAUUUGAGCAAUAUAUUUUAUCAGAAAGUCCUCAUGCUGAGCCCAACCCUAAUUUACCUCUUGAUGAAAAUAAAGAAUUUUCCUUGGUAUUUAAAACACAUUUAAAGAAACAUACUUUGAUAUAUGGUGCGGAAAUGGAUGGAAUUCGAUGUGAUAAAACUAGUGUAGAAUCACCUCCGGACAUAAAUGAUGAUAAAGAUGUUAUUAUAAACUACUUAUCAAAGAACAAGUUUAUAGAAUUGAAAACUAACAGACAUAUUGAAUUUUCGCGCCAGAAGAGAAACUUCAGGCUUUUCAAAACAAUAAAAUGGUGGUGUCAGUCAAUGUUUGCUGGUGUCAAUACAAUUCUAUGUGGAUUUAGAAAUGACGAUGGUGUUGUUGAAGAAUUAAAAGUAUAUGAAGUAAAUGGUCUACCAAAAAUAUCACGGGGAUUUUGGAAUCCAAAUGUUUGUUUCGAUUUUUUAGAAACAUUUUUGACAUAUGUUAAAGAAUGUUUAACAACAGAAAUACGAAAUAAAUACGGAGAGAGGGCAUUAAAUAAAAUACAUGCUCUCCCCUUGAUAAGCUUGCAUUUUGAAUGGUAUCCCGGUUCACCAGUUCGUGUGACAGACAAUUAUGUACAUGAAGAUGAUCCAAUAUUGCCCACUUGGUUUACAGAAAACUUUAUGGCCUUUAGAUGCGACGAGUGAAUGACCAUUCUUUGAACUUUAUUUUAAGAUAUACUGUAAUUUAAUAAUAAAAGUAAAUAUUUUUAUGUUUUAUAUUGGUUACUUU